AUGGCCAGUAGACCCGGAAGUAGAUCCAAAACUCGAGCAACUCUUAAGGAGUUGACCUUUCUGAUCAAGAAUUUGGCUAAGGCUAUGACUUCUCAACUGAACCAUCAACAAGAGCCUGACCUAGCUGGCGACGUGUUUAAGAAAGUAGCCUCUAGGAAUCCACCUGUAUAUGAUGGAAAAGAGGACCCAACCAGUCUUGAGAACUGGAUUAGGGAGUUUGAUAAACUGUUUACUGCUGUUAGGUGUGAUGAUGAGUUAAAAAUCAAUAAUGCUACAUACUACCUAAGAGAGGAAGCUGAUUUAUGGUGGUCCCAAAGGAAGGAGUCGUUGGCGACUCAAGAGGAUUUUGGGUGGGAGCAAUUUAAGGAAGCCUUGAGAACCAAGUUUUACCCACCUUACUUAAGGAAAAAGAAGUGCCUAGAGUUUACCAACCUGAGGAUGGGGACCAUGACUGUCAAUGAAUACUACUCUAAGUUCAUAGAGUUAAUGAGGUUUGCACCUGAAAUGGUUCCAACUGAAGUUUUGAAGGCUCAACGAUUUGAGCAAGGGUUAAACUUGUCCAUUCAAGGGAAAUUGGGAGGGGCUAACUUUAAUAGCCUUGAUGAAGUGUAUGGAAGAGCUGCCCAUCUAUUCGGGAUCAAUGGAAGAGAGCUAGAUUUGAAUCCUGGAGAUAAAAGGAAGGGGUCUAGUAAUGGGUUUCAAGGUGGAGAUAAGCGUCAAAAGACUAAUGGAGGAUUCAAGCAAGGAAAGGAUGAUAAAAAUAAUGGGAAUAACAACCAUCGUAGUCAAUCUGAAAAUGGAAAGUCCAAGAGAGUCUACUACUGCAAAAGAUGUCCAAGAAACCACCCAGGGAAGGACUGUGAAGGAAAUCUGGUAACUUGUAGGAUUUGUAGCAAGUUAGGCCAUAGAGAAUAUGAGUGCUUCCAGAAAGACUCAACAUCAGCAAAUCCUAAGCCGACUCAGAAUCCGGGAGGUAAUGGGAGCAAAGGACUCCAACAGCAAUCAGUGACCCAUAAUAGUGUUCCUCCUAAGAAUGGGUAA